ACGUCAACCAGGAAGUGGUGACCAAACAAACAACAUGAGGACAGGUGGGUUAAGUAGUGCGAGUCAGAACACUCUAAGUGUAUCAUUGUGAACCCUGUAUGCGUCCGCCCACAACCAGUGAGGUUUUACCGUUCGUGCUUCAUGAAGACGCCCCAUGGAGACAUACUCGAUGGUCAGAGUCAUCGGCGAAGGCUCCUUCGGCCGAGCGGUGCUAGUGCGGUGUAAAAACAGUCAGGACCAGUAUGUGGUCAAGGAAAUCCAGCUGCCGAAGAGUCGCUCCAAAUUGGAGAAUAGGAGGAGGGAAGUCGUUCUGUUGUCUAGAAUGAAGCAUCCCAAUAUUGUGGCUUUCAGGGAAGCGUUUGAAGCUGAUGACCUUCUGUGUAUUGUUAUGGAGUACUGCAAUGGAGGAGACCUGCUGCAGAAGAUCCAGCAGCAGAAAACGGCACAGUUCUGUGUUGACGAUAUUUUGAAGUGGUUUGCUCAAAUGUGUGCAGGUGCAAAGCAUAUUCACGAUAAACGCGUUUUACACAGAGAUCUAAAGACCAAGAACAUUUUCCUGACAGAUAAUGGGACAAUUAAGCUCGGGGACUUUGGCUCAGCUUGUAUUCUGAACAGUCCUAAGGCUUAUGCUAAUACUUAUGUUGGAACUCCAUAUUAUGUGGCACCAGAAAUCUGGGACAACAAACCGUACAACAAUAAGAGCGAUGUGUGGUCUCUGGGCUGUGUUCUGUACGAGCUCUGCACACUGCGACACCCGUUCCAGGCAUCCAGCUGGAAGAGCUUGAUUCUGAAGGUGUGUCGGGGUGCGUACCCUGCCCUCCCCAGCCACCUGCCCUACGAGCUGCAUUAUUUGGUCAAGCAGAUGUUCAAGACAAACCCCAAAGACCGGCCCUCCCUGCACACCAUCCUAACAUCUCACCGGGUCUCCAGACUCCUGCGCUCACAUCUGCCUUCUCAGGUGAUGGAGGAGGAGGAGCAGGGGAGACGCACAGGUCACUGGAGCAGAGACGAGGGGAGGAGGGUGGCCAGUCUUCUGGGAAACAUGAGUUUGAUAAAAACAUCAACAUGCGAAGGAACUGAGGGCCACUUUCAGAACCUGCCCAGGGAGCCUGUUCAUAGAAAGCAGUGGGCAGCCGAGCUGUCAGACAGUGUCCUGCAGGUGUUGGGCAACGCCAGCCUCCUCUCAUCCGACAGCCAGGUGCUCCCAGGGUCCGCUCACGGAGGUGUGUCAGAGGAGCCAGAGUUCAGCAGGCAGAGGAGACGAUGGGAGAGGGGCCCUCCUGAGAGGCUUCUGGGUUUGCUGGAACAGGCGCCUGUGAGCAGAGCCUUCAGCACCUUUAUAAUAAACAGAGGUGGCGACCCCCUGCUGGGACCCCUCUCCCCGCCACGGGGAGACGACACUGACGGGCCUGAGCCGGCGGCGGCUGUGGACGAGGAGCGGCUGCAGCCUCGCUCCGACGACGAGGACACGGACUUUGAAGAAGAAUCUCCGUGCGACUGGAUGGAUGAAGUGGAGAAAAUGCUGUGUGAACACUAAAGCCUCCGCCUCCACGACAGCGGGACUUAUUAAUGUGUACUGGUGUAAAACACUAAACGUGGCCAAAAUGUGCUGAUCAGCGGGACCACUUCAUAAAUCACACUAAGCCUCUUUUGUUGUACUUUUCAAGCUCAGCGCUGUUUUGUCCGUUUUAACCGAUAAAGGUUUUAUGUAAA